CCCUGCAUAAUCUACAUACAUGAGGUGAUAAACACGGAAGACGCGUUGUAUAUGAUCUUGGAAUUAGUUGAAGGUGGUGAGUUGUUCGACAGGAUCGUCCGUCUCGGUAGUCUGCAUGAGGCAGAUGCCAAGUUUUUAUUUCUCCAGAUAGCUUAUGCAGUACAGCCCGAGAAUAUCCUACUUUCCGGACCAGACAACCGUUGUUUAAUCAAGGUGACAGAUUUUGGCCUCUCAAAACUAGUCGAUGGAAACACAAUGUUGCGCACCUUUUGUGGUACCCCGACUUAUUUAGCUCCCGAAGUACUGAAAACUGCCGGAUCAGGAACUUAUACAUCGGCCAUUGAUAUUUGGUCUUUGGGAGUGAUACUCUACGUAUGCUUGGUCGGGUAUCCACCGUUUACGGACGAAAGACAGGAUCACGAUCUACAGACGCAGAUAGUUCAAGGAUUGUACGAUUUCCCGGAGGCCUAUUGGGAAGAGAUAAGCAAAGAUGCUAAGGAUCUCGUCUGUGGGAUGCUUACAGUGGAACCGUCAGAUCGAUUAACCAUUCAGGAGCACUCAUCUGUUCGUGCCUACUUGUGGGUACGCGUACGCAACUUACACGUGGUUAGUUCGGCCAAAGGUCACCGUGCGUGGAUGAAAAGUACAGCUGAUAAACGUCCUACGCUAAUAGAAUCGCUCCUGGCCUUACAUUGUUUUGCUCACAUUCGACAGCGUGACCUUUCCGGGGAUGUCGUCACAGGCCAAGAAACUAUUGGUAUUUUCUCAUGGAAGGAGGUGCUUAGUUUUUCAGAUUUGAACCACGUCGUGUAA